AUGAAGCUUGGUCAGGAGGAGUCACCACGGAAAAGCAUGAGCACUGUGGGCAUUGAUGCUCUUCCCGUCAAGACACAGGAUUCGGAGCAGCAGUCCGAUGGCCCGGAUACUACUCGCUGUCGAAGCAAACGCAAAAGACCUCCACCUGUGCAUAAGAGCAUGGGCAUGGACCUCUUUGAAAAAGAUGCGAAGACUAUGCUAAAGGCUUUUCUGGACCGAUAUCUUGGGCGGCGGCCAGUCACAGGUGAUUAUUGGUAUGAUAGUACUUGCACUGACGGGCAGUUCACGACAGUGUUGCAUUGCCCAUGCUUCACUGAGAAGCUCUACUACGGAACCCCCUGCAGCACCAAGCUUUCAGCUGAACUAUCGGCAGCAGAUGCCUGGCGUGAGGAUAAUGAAACACAAGAGGCGGCUGCGAGGUUGCCAGCCACGAUGUCCAGCAUCAAGUACUGGACGAAGGCCAUGCGUGUGGACCGACAGGGCCGGUCCAUCGCUGAACACAGCCGGCAGCAGUACAUGGAUAUGAAAGAACGCGGAUGCCGCACUGCACUCUGGGACGGAAGAGAGUGA